GUGGCAGCUGCGGGAGCAGCGGGAGCCUCGGAAGCCGGAGGACGGGCGACCGCCGAGCGCCGAGCCGACCGCGCCCCGAGGCCCGGCCCCGGGGGUGGGGGAGCGCCGAGGCUGGAAACUUUCCCGGCAGGAGCUGACCUCUGGCUGAAGGGAAAAUUGAGAACGAAGUCUCUCUUCCAUUUCUUUCCCAGUGAAUAGACGUUACCAAAAAUAGGUUCCCAGCUCUCUGUGGCCGGCUUGUCCGGAGGAACUUGGCAGGAGCUCCAGGGAGACAGUGGCUCUCUGUCGCCAGCCAGCGGAGCCGGGGUGAGGCGAGGCGAGUGCACCCACAGACCGGCCCUUCCGAGGCACGCCGCUUUCUGAACACGGUGAGGGUUUUGAAGAAACAAAGGAGUGUGUCGAAAAUGUUAAAGGCUGUGCUGAAGAAGAGCCGAGAGGGAGGAAAGGGGAGCAAGAAGGAGCCAGGAGGUGACUUUGGUCCAGAGUCUUCCCCUCCCGUACUGCCCUCUGGCGACGGUGGCGACUUCUCUGUGAGCAGCCUUCCCAUGGCUGAGGACACCUACAGGGUGAGCUUGGCCAAGGGCGUCUCCAUGUCCCUGCCGUCAUCACCUCUGCUGCCGCGACAGUCUCACUCGGCGCAAUCAAGAUCCAACAAAAAAUCCCCAGGUCCCGUCAGGAAGCCCAAGUAUGUGGAAAGCCCCAGAGUGCCUGGAGAUGCAGUUAUAAUCCCGUUCAGAGAUGUGUCCCAGCCAACAGAGCCUAAUGAGAAUGAAGCAAAGGCCGAUAAUGAACCGAGCUGUUCGCCGGCAGCUCAAGAACUGUUGACAAGGCUGGGAUUUUUACUGGGAGAAGGGAUCCCAAGUGCCACACACAUAACCAUUGAAGAAAAAAAUGAAACCAUGUGCACAGCCCUGAGCCAAGGCAUCAGUCCUUGCUCCACACUAACAAGCAGCACCGCAUCUCCUAGCACCGAUAGCCCCUGCUCCACCUUGAAUAGCUGUGUCAGCAAGACGGCAGCCAACAAAAGUCCCUGUGAGACCAUUAGCAGCCCUAGUUCCACCCUGGAGAGCAAGGACAGUGGAAUUAUAGCCACGAUUACAAGUUCAUCCGAAAAUGAUGACCGGAGUGGCUCCAGUUUGGAAUGGAAUAAGGACGGAAGCCUAAGGUUAGGGGUGCAGAAGGGAGUGCUCCAUGAUCGGAGGGCAGAUAAUUGUUCCCCAGUGGCGGAAGAGGAGCCGGCUGGGUCAGCAGAGAGCGUGCUGCCCCCAGCUGAAGCCCCCGGAGGAGAUGGUCCAGUCCCUUACUCCCAGAGCUCCAGCUCGCUAAUAAUGCCACGGCCCAACUCAGUUGCAGCGACCAGCUCAACCAAAUUGGAAGAUCUGAGCUAUUUAGACGGGCAGAGAAAUGCUCCUCUUCGGACGUCCAUUAGAUUACCGUGGCACAGCACGGCCGGAGGUAGGGCGCAGGAAGUCAGAGCACGAUUUGCUCCCUACAAGCCACAAGACAUCUUGCUGAAGCCCCUGCUGUUUGAAGUACCGAGCAUCACCACUGACUCCGUGUUUGUGGGGAGGGAGUGGCUCUUCCGGCAGAUAGAGCAGAGCCUGCGGAACCCGGAGCAGGCGGAGAACCGCGGGGCGGUGGUGGUGGGGAACGUGGGCUUCGGGAAGACGGCGAUCAUUUCCAAGCUGGUGGCACUGAGCUGCCACGGGAGCCGCAUGAGGCAGAUUGCUUCCAACAGCCCCGGCUCGUCACCUAAAACUUCAGAUUCCUCCCCGGAUCUUCCAUUCACUCCACUGCUCUCACCGAGUACUUCUCCCGGUGGUACCACCACAGCCAAAACGCCUGCUGGGUUGGGAUCUGAUGCUUCUGAAAACCAGAGACCGAGAGAGGAUGCAGCAAAACACCUCGCAUCCAAGGUGGUGGCCUACCACUACUGCCAGGCGGACAACACGUACACGUGCCUGGUGCCCGAGUUCGUGCACAGCAUCGCGGCGCUGCUGUGCCGGUCCCAUCGGCUGGCCGCCUACAGGGACCUGCUGAUCAGGGAGCCCCAGCUGCAGAGCAUGCUGAGCCUCCGGUCCUGUGUGCAGGACCCCGUGGCUGCCUUCAAGAGGGGAGUGCUGGAGCCGCUCACGAGCCUGAGAAACGAGCAGAAAAUUCCUGAAGAAGAAUACAUUAUCUUGAUCGAUGGCCUAAAUGAAGCCGAGUUUCAUAAACCUGAUUAUGGAGACACGCUUUCUUCAUUUAUUACCAAAAUUAUCUCUAAGUUUCCUGCCUGGUUGAAGUUGAUUGUGACUGUAAGAGCAAAUUUCCAGGAAAUCGUCAGCGGGCUGCCAUUCGUCAAGCUCUCCCUGGACGACUUUCCCGACAACAAGGACAUUCACAGCGACCUGCACGCCUACGUCCAGCACCGGGUGCACAGCAGCCCGGACAUCCUCAGCAACAUCUCCCUGAACGGCAAGGCCGACGCCGCCCUCAUCGGGAAGGUGAGCAGCCACCUGGUGCUGCGCAGCCUCGGCUCCUACCUGUACCUCAAGCUCACCCUGGACCUCUUCCAGAGGGGCCACCUGGUCAUCAAGAGCGCCAGCUACAAGGUGGUGCCCGUGUCGCUGUCCGAGCUCUACCUGCUGCAGUGCAACAUGAAGUUCAUGACCCAGUCCGCCUUCGAGCGGGCGCUCCCCAUCCUGAACGUGGCCCUCGCGUCCCUCCACCCCAUGACGGACGAACAGAUCUUCCAGGCCAUCAACGCCGGCCACGUCCAGGGGGAGCAGGGCCGGGAGGACUUCCAGCAGAGGAUGGAGGCCCUCUCCUGCUUCCUCAUCAAGCGACGCGACAAGACCCGCAUGUUCUGCCACCCGUCCUUCAGGGAGUGGCUGGUCUGGAGGGCGGAUGGUGAGAACACGGCCUUCCUGUGCGAGCCCAGGAACGGGCACGCUCUCCUGGCGUUCAUGUUCUCUCGACAAGAGGGCAAGCUGAACCGGCAGCAGACCAUGGAGCUCGGGCACCACAUCCUGAAGGCACACAUUUUCAAGGGCCUCAGUAAGAAGACGGGGAUCUCCUCGAGCCAUCUCCAAGCCCUGUGGAUCGGGUACAGCACGGAGGGGCUGUCUGCCGCCCUGGCCUCGCUCAGGAACCUCUACACGCCCAACGUGAAGGUGAGCCGGCUCCUGAUUUUGGGCGGGGCCAACGUGAACUACAGGACGGAAGUGCUGAAUAACGCCCCGAUCCUGUGCGUCCAGUCUCACCUUGGCCACGAGGAGGUGGUCACUCUGCUCCUGGAGUUUGGUGCCUGCCUGGACGGCAUGUCUGAGAACGGCAUGACCGCCCUCUGCUACGCGGCCGCCGCCGGCCACAUGAAGCUGGUGUGCCUGCUGGCCAAGAAGGGGGCGAGGUUGGACCACUUGGAUAAGAAAGGCCAGUGUGCACUGGUGCACAGCGCUCUGCGGGGCCACAGCGACGUGCUGCAGUACCUGCUGGCCUGCGAGUGGUCGGCGGGCACUCCCCAGCCCGGUGCGCUGAGGAAGAGCCACGCCCUGCAGCAGGCACUGACGGCGGCCGCCAGCAUGGGCCACAGCGCGGUGGUCGAGUGCUUGCUGGGACUGGAAAAGGAACAUGAAAUAGACGUCAAUGGCACCGACACGCUGUGGGGAGAAACAGCCCUGACGGCCGCUGCGGGACGGGGGAAGCUGGACGUCUGCGAGCUGCUGCUGGAGCGCGGGGCUGCCGUGUCCCAGGCCAACCGGAGAGGCGUCCCGCCGCUGUUCUGUGCCGCACGCCAAGGGCACUGGCAGAUCGUGAGGCUGCUGCUGGAACGCGGCUGCGAUGUGAACCUGAGUGACAAGCAGGGCAGGACCCCCCUCAUGGUGGCCGCCUGCGAAGGGCACCUGAGCACCGUGGAGUUCCUCCUUUCCAAAGGUGCCACCCUUUCUUCUCUGGACAAAGAGGGCUUGUCAGCAUUGAGCUGGGCUUGUCUGAAAGGCCACAGGGCCGUGGUCCAGUUCCUGGUUGAGGAAGGAGCUGAGAUAGACCAGAUGGACAAGAACGGCCGCACCCCCCUGGACCUGGCGGCCUUCUACGGCGACGCAGAGACCGUGCUGUACCUGGUGGACAAGGGCGCUGUGAUCGAGCACGUGGACCACAGCGGGAUGCGUCCCUUGGACAGGGCCAUCGGUUGUCGGAACACAUCGGUCGUGGUCACGCUGCUGAGGAAAGGAGCCAAAUUAGGAAAUGCUGCCUGGGCGAUGGCUACCUCCAAGCCUGACAUUUUGAUUAUACUUUUGCAGAAGUUGAUGGAAGAAGGAAACGUGUUGUACAAAAAGGGGAAGAUGAAGGAGGCAGCCCAGAGGUACCAGUACGCCCUAAGGAAGUUCCCUCGAGAAGGACUCGGAGAGGACAUGAGGCCCUUCAAUGAACUAAGAGUGUCUCUCUAUCUCAACUUGUCUCGCUGCCGAAGAAAAACAAACGACUUCGGCAUGGCGGAAGAAUUUGCUUCCAAGGCGCUCGAACUGAAACCAAAGUCCUAUGAAGCCUUUUAUGCCAGGGCGAGAGCGAAGAGAAACAGCAGGCAGUUCACGGCAGCCCUGGCGGACCUGCGGGAGGCCAUGAAGCUCUGCCCCACCAACCAGGAAAUCCGGCGGCUCCUGGCCCGCGUGGAGGAGGAGUGCAAGCAGGUCCAGAGGAGCCAGCAGCAGAAGCAGCAGUGCCCGCCGCCCGCCGCUCCCACGGACUCGGACAACGAAGAGGAGGCCCCGGCCCCGGCCCCGGGGCCCGAGGACCCCUUCCCCCUGGUGGAGGCCGAAGAGGAAACGUCUCCGCAGGACGGCUCGGUUUCCCUGGCUUCCAGGCCCCAUCCCUCCGCCCCGUCCCCCUACAUCCGGAACCUGCAAGAAGGGUUACAGGCCAAGAUGAGGCCCGCCUCGCCACAGAACCCACAGAACCAGCACCGGCCCGGGGCCGCCCAGCCCCCGCGGGAGCCGGUGGCGCAGCCGGGGCUGGUGGUGCAGCCCACCAAGCAGGCGCAGAUCGUGAAGACCAGCCAGCACCUGGGCGCCGGGCCGGCGGGUGCGAGGGGAGGGAGCAUGAGGCUGCAGGGCUCCUCCCCGCAUCCUCCCCCGAGCCCCAUGCCCGGCCGGGGCUCCGUAGCCCCCCCAGGUGGCAGAAGCCUGCACCUGCACCCGAACUUGGCGGAGGGCGCAGGCACGUUCUCCGCAGGGCCGGGUCCUGGCCGGUUCAUGGAGCGGCUGGGCCCGGGCCAUGGGGUCCAGAUGCAGCACAGCGACAGCGGCGCCGCCUAUCCGCUGCCCAGCAAGAUCAAGAGCGCCGAGCGGCUGCUGGCUCACACCCCCGGGGCCCUGGAUGGAGCCCCGCUUGGCCACAGCCACGGCGGGCAGGUGGGCGGCAGCGACCUGCGGCACCCCGCCUCCCUCAGCAGCUCCGGCUCCUCCGGGUCUCCCUCCAGCAGCAUCAAGAUGUCCAGCUCCACCAGCAGCCUGACGUCCAGCAGCAGCUUUUCCGACGGCUUCAAGGGCCAGGGACCCGAGGCCCGAGGCAGAGACAAGGCUGCUCCCCAAGUGCAGAGCGGCACCGCCGAGCACAGACCCCGCAACACGCCGUUCAUGGGCAUCACGGAUAAGACGGCCCGGUUCCAGCAGCAGCAGCAGCAGAGCAAUCCUCCCGGCCGCACCUGGCACGCUGCUGCCGGGCCCGAGGGGCUGCUGCUGUCACACACCCCUGCAGCCGGCCUGCAGGCCUCGAACCCGGAGAGGGCCUCCCUCAAACAGGCGGCAGCCGGGUACCACAGCCAAGCCAGGUCCUGCGCCGUGCCCACCCUGGGCGGCAGCGUCCACAAUGGGGCCCCUGGGAAGGAGCUAGAAGAAAGGAAGGGCCCGGGUCCAGCCCACUGCCAAGACAGCAGGGUGGCCAAGACUGUGUCCCAUCUGUACCAGGAGAGCAUCUCCAAGCAGCAGCCCCCACACAUCGGCAGCGAAGCCCACAGGAGUCUCCUCCCCUCCGCCAAGCCAAAGCGGUCCUUCAUAGAGUCAAAUGUGUGAGCCCGGGGAGAGAGACCCGCUGGGGCGAUGUGGAAAACUGUGUUGGCUCUUGGUGGUAAUUAAAGUAUUUUUUUAAUGAGGGGGAAAAAUUUACUUUUCAGCCAUAUUUUUUUUCUUUUUCUUUUUUCCCUUGGGAGCGGAUCUGAUUUAUUUAAAAUGUGGGAUAAAAUUACUGGGAUAAGUACCCGAAGUCACCAUCCAUAAGAAUGCUAACCAGAACUGAAAACUGCAAUCAGUUAUGCCUAUUAAGUUAAACACUUAAGGCAACCAAAUAACUUGUGCUUUUUCUCUUAUGAAAUUGUUUGGUUUUUAUCACCUUUCUCCUAGUCUUAGCUAUGUAACUAAAAUCAUAAUAUUUCUUAGAGAAUAUAAGUGUCUAGUCCUCUGCUAUAUGGCAAAAAUCAUACUAUUUCUUAGAGAAUAUAAAUGUCUAAGUGAUAGUUUUAACUCAUGACUAAAUUGCCAGAUGAUGUAUUCUAGGAAAGAUGGAAUUUUCUAGUUACAGUUCCAUCUAGUCAAACCCCAGUUUAUAUAUCUAUAUAUAAAAUUAAGACCCCAGUGAUUCUAGCUGAAUGUGUGUGACUAUACAUGUUAUAUACCUGAUUUUCUUAAGCAAAAUACAAGAACAGCCAAGUAUUGUUCCCUUCACAGCUGUUCCCUGGAGAGGAUUGAGCACUUAUUUCUGUUAUGGUUCUCAUUAAACAUAUUUUUAUAGCACCUUUUUGAGCUACAUUCCCAUUUCAAGGUGUUUUGAUAUUUGGAAACAGUGUAAGCUAUUUGGAAUCCUGAUUGGUGGUCAGGUUGGGUUUGGGCUAGAAUACGAAGGAUAUAGCAUUCUCGGUGACAUAAAUUACUUUCCGUUGGUUCCCAAACCGCUUUUAACGGGGAUAGCACUCCUGCAACAAGCUUUCAAGAUCCUUUAAGGACAGUAUUUAAUUUGAAUCCUUAAAGUCUGGUUCGUUGGUUGCUUUUGUUUUAUUACACAAUCAUUACUUUAUAGACACAUGUUGUAUAUAUUAAAUAGCCAAGUGUAUCCAGACUUGUAUAUACUAUUUCAAGUAGCUAAUCUUAAAAAAAAAAAAAAAGUCAUAUUUGCAUGUUCUAUGUAAACGUCAUCCAUGCUGGUUAUUGCACUGAACACUAUAUUAUUAUGGCAUGUUAACAGUGUACCAGUAACGGCACUUUAUUUCAUUUAUAUGAACACCUUUGAGGUGCUACUUAAGUUCAAACUGAUGUAUUAUUCAUUUGUAAAGAUAAGGUACAGGAAUGAGCCUUGGAUUAAAGGUAUUUUUAUAUGAAAAUGGUGUGCUAUUGAAGGAUGUUAAAAUGCUAGUUUGAGAGAGGUGGGAGUGUGUUUUAUAUGUUGGGAUGUGAAAAUUAUUUUCUAGAAUUGGGGAGAAGGAAGUUCUAUAUUUACAGAAUGUUUUAAAAAUGAAUCAUCGUAAUGAAGUUCCUGUGAGCAUCCUUAUGGUUUUGUACGAAUAGGAAUCUUCUGGUGUUAUUCUUCAACAUUUGUUCCUGUUGUAUUUUGUUGUUGUUUUAUAGGUUUUUCAUGAGUUCUGCUAUAACUUCUACGGCUUAUUUAUUGUUUUAAUAUUUGAGAGUCUUACUCUUUUGUUAUGUAGUUUUGUUUCUGCACAACUACUGUACUUUUCCACAUGGAAUAAAGACUAUUAAUAGAA